GGUAUUUACGGUCUGUUGGGAUCUUCCGGUUGCGGAAAAACAACGCUUUUGAGAUGUGCUUUGGGGAGACUCCGACCCAAAAGUGGCUCCAUUUCCCUGUUCGGACACAUUCCGGGAACGGCUUUAAGUCGAGUGCCCGGACCUGGUGUAGGAUAUAUGCCCCAGGAGUUGGCCCUUUACGAUGACUUCAGUAUUGAAGAAACUCUCGUAUAUUUUGGUCGACUCUUUGGCAUCAAAUCGAGAGUCAUUGACUCGAGGAUUGAGUUUAUGGUAGAUUUGCUUCAAUUGCCAAAUCGUCGCAAAUUAAUCGUUGAGUUGAGUGGCGGACAGAAGAGACGGGUCUCAUUAGCCACAGCUCUCCUCCACAAUCCUCCUCUUCUAAUAUUAGAUGAGCCGACAGUAGGCGUUGAUCUGAUUCUUCGGGAGACCAUUUGGAAACAUUUGGAGAAUCUCUGCAAAACCGGAUUGACUGUCAUUUUAACGACUCAUUACAUCGAAGAAGCUAGAAAUGCGGCCAAAGUUGGGUUCAUGCGAUCCGGAAGAAUACUGGCUGAAGACUCACCCCAUCAUCUCCUAAGACGACAUCAAUUGAUGACUUUAGAGGAAGUGUUUCUCAAAUUAUCGCAAUUAGACGAUCAAACUAAAGUGCACCAUAUAAACAAAAAAUCGAGAGUCAUUGACUCGAGGAUUGAGUUUAUGGUAGAUUUGCUUCAAUUGCCAAAUCGUCGCAAAUUAAUCGUUGAGUUGAGUGGCGGACAGAAGAGACGGGUCUCAUUAGCCACAGCUCUCCUCCACAAUCCUCCUCUUCUAAUAUUAGAUGAGCCGACAGUAGGCGUUGAUCUGAUCCUUCGGGAGACAAUUUGGAAACAUUUGGAGAAUCUCUGCAAAACCGGAUUGACUGUCAUUUUAACGACUCAUUACAUCGAAGAAGCGAGAAAUGCGGCCAAAGUUGGGUUCAUGCGAUCCGGAAGAAUACUGGCUGAAGACUCACCCCAUCAUCUCCUGAGACGACAUCAAUUGAUGACUUUAGAGGAAGUGUUUCUCAAAUUAUCGCAAUUAGACGAUCAAACUAAAGUGCACCAUAUGUUGACUUAUAAUAGAAAAUCAAUUCCCAAUGAAAUCAUAGAAACA